AUGCGCGCGGCGCGGAAGCGGACGUUCGAACACGUCGAGGGAAACUACGCGACGCACGUCAGGGCGCGCGCGGGCGCGGCGACGCGCGCGACGGAGAAGACGCUCGACGCGUUCGUGGAGGCGUUCGGGGAAUUGGAAAAAGUGAGCGAUUUGAAGAGAGAGGAUGGCGCGCACGUGUCGCUGUCGAGGACGUUUGCGUGCGUGAAGGGAGAUUGGGAACGGUUGUUUGGGAAUUUGAGACGAGAGUUGAGGGAUAUGGAGGCGUUUGAGGUGGUGUUUGAUGCGAUGCGGGUGUUUACGAACGACGACGGCUCGCGGGCGUUCGUCGCCGCGGGGUUUCGGGAGGGGUCGACGAGCGCGUCGAAGGUGGCGUUGGUGCGAGCGAUCGAGAGAGUGGAUAAGGCGAUCGUUCCACUCGGGUUUCCAAAGUAUUACGAUGAUCCGGACCCGCACGUGUCGCUUUUGUGGGUGGCGGGAGCGAGCGAGGAGCGCGUGGAGGCGAUGCGGCGGUUCGCGGAAUCGACGACGGUGGAGUGGCGUGUUGACGUCAAUAGGGUGUUGUGUGAUGUGUCUGGACAGACACCAAAGACGGUUUGGGGGCGAGUGCCGGGACUUCCAGCGCCGGAUUUGUAG